AUGGCAAAGAGCAAUGCUGUUGUCUGGCCUACGUGCAUUCCAGUUUCCGUUAACUCCGCCAUUAUCCUUACAGGCACGACCGGCUUCGUCGGAACCGAAGUCCUCCACCAAGCUCUCCAGCAUCCCUCCAUCACAUCGAUCGUCGUUCUAUCCCGCAAACAACUUCCUGACUCCGUUACUACGGACCCGAAAAUCACUGUCAAGAUUAUCGAUGACUUUCUUUCAUAUCCAGACUCGCUUCUCCAUGACCUCAUAGGUGCCGAAGCCUGUAUCUGGACCCUUGGACUUCCCUACCACUCCGAUAUAGCCUUUUAUCGCAGAGUUAAUGUAGAAUAUACGCUCGCUGCCGUAAGAGCGUUCACUGAGUCUCUCACGCCGAGCUUAGAGAAACCACUGAGGUUCAUCUACUGCAGCGGUGCAGCGGCCGUUCGAGACCAAGAAAAGCCCUUGUGGCUGAUGCCACAGACACGCAAGAUCAGGGGCCAAGUUGAGAAUGAGCUCCUUGAACACGCCGAAAAGAAUGCUGGCAAGGUUGAGGUUUAUGUUCUCCGUCCGGCGAUGAUUUUCUCAACGGGCUGGUCGUUGGGCUGGCUUCUCUCUGGUAUGACGCCGUCGAUUGCGGUGGAUACUCUGAGUAGGGUCAUGUUGGACCUUGCCGUUAACGGGGGAAGGGUGGGGAGGGUAGUGGAAAACAAGGAAAUGAAUGCAUGGGACAAGACGUAG